CCUUACAUGCUCAGUUUCCUUCUAUUGCAUGCAUUUUUUUGAGAAUAGUUAGUGUUUCUUUAUAGUCAGAUCUACCUAGUUUUUGCCUGCUAAUAACUUCCUGGCCAUCAAGAGGUCCACGCCAGGGUUAUUUAAAUACCUCAAAGGAAAAAUUAAACCCGCUGUUGAAAUAGUAGUCUAGUGGGAGAUAUAUGGUUACUUCCCUCAGUAACACACGCCUCUACACUUGAGUCAGGUGAAGGCGGUCUCUGUAGAAACUUCCGGAUGUGCUGAUAGUAAACACAGGCUGUGGAGGCAGGCAGUGAGGGAGGACCAGAAGAUGCACUCGAAAUCCUGAAAUGCCGUGUUUGGAAGAGCUGACCCUGGAGCCGGAGACCGCAGCGUGUCCAGAGAAUGCCAACCACCCUUGCCGCCCCUGGGACACCUGCAGGAUAACCUGCACCCACUAGAAUGCCUGGAUGGUUCAAAAAGGCGUGGUAUGGGCUGGCAUCUUUACUCAGCUUCUCCUCCUUUAUCCUGAUCAUUGUUGCCCUGGCAGCACCCCACUGGCUGAGUGGGAAAAUCCUUUGUCAGACUGGAGUGGACCUGGUCAAUGCUACCGACCCAGAGCUGGUCAAGUUCAUUGGGGAUAUUUACUACGGGCUCUUCCGAGGAUGUAAAGUGCGACAGUGCGGGCUCGGGGGCCGCCAGUCCCAAUUCACGAUCUUCCCACACCUGGUGAAGGAACUCAAUGCAGGCCUCCAUGUGACAAUUCUGCUGCUCCUCUUCUUGGCCUUGGCCCUGGCUCUGGUCAGCAUGGGCUUUGCCAUUCUCAACAUGAUCCAGGUUCCAUAUAGGGCAGUCAAUGGCCCCGGGGGCAUCUGCCUAUGGAACGUCCUCGCAGGUGGAGUCGUGGCAUUGGCCAUCGCCAGCUUCAUGGCCGCGGUCGAGUUUCACGACCUCACCGAGCGCAUCGCCAACUUCCAGGAGAGGCUCUUCCGCUUCGUGGUGGUGGAGGAACGGUACCAAGAGUCCUUUUGGAUCUGUGUGGCCAGUGCCUCCGCCCACGCUGCGAACUUGGUAGUCGUGGCCAUCAGUCAAAUUCCGCUCCCGGAGAUUAAGACCAAAAUCGAAGAGGCCACGGUCACGGCUGAGGAUAUCCUGUAUUGAUCGUCCUCUGCGGCUCACGCCCUUUCCUGAGUCAGUUCUGCGGU